GGCGCAGCUCGGGGCGGGGAAGGAAGGGACGGCCCGCUGCUGGCGGCUGGAGUGAAGCGGCGCUGGGCUGGGCGGGGGCGUCCUCUCGCCGUCCGCGGGGGUGUCGGGCCCCGCUCAGCGGCGCUGCUGGCGCCGGCGGCAGCAGCAGCGGAGGCUCCUCUCCCCUUCGCCGCCGCGGGAGACCCAGUGCUGCCCCGCUGCGCCCGCCCGCUCCAUCGCACGCUGUUGUCAUGGAGGAGCCAAGAUGGCGGCCCUGGCCUACACCGUGGGCAAGCGGGAGAUCAACCACUACUUCAGCGUGAGGAGCGCCAAGGCGCUGGCGCUGGGCGCCGUCCUGCUGCUCGCCGCCUGCCACGCCGCCUUCCGCCACUACCGAGGUGAUGAUACAUGUGAAUAUCUUCUCUCCAGUGGGAGAUUUCUUGGGGAAAAAGUAUGGCAGCCCCAUACUUGUAUGAUGCAUAAAUAUAAAAAUAGUGAAGCAAAAAACUGCCUCCUAGACAAACAUAUUGCAUUUAUAGGAGAUUCCAGAAUUCGCCAAUUGUUUUAUUCUUUUGUAAAACUCAUAAAACCCCAAGUGAAGGAAGAAGGAAACAAGCAUGGACACAUUCUUUUUGAAGACAAAUCUGCAUCAAUUAAAGUGGAUUUCCUAUGGUAUCCAGAAGUUAAUGGCUCUAUGAAGCAAUGUAUCAAAUCUUGGGCUGAGGGUUCUAUUGCAAAACCUCAUGUAAUUGUAGCAGGAGCUGCUACGUGGUCUAUCAAGAUUCACAAUGGCAGCAACGAAGCCCUCAUGCAAUAUAAAAUCAAUAUCACUUCAAUAGCACCUCUUUUGGAAAAAUUAGCAAAGAGUAGUGAUGUAUACUGGGUCUUACAAGAUCCUGUUUAUGAAGAUAUGUUGAGUGACAGUAGGAAAAUGAUCACUAAUGAGAAAAUAGAUGCUUACAAUGAAGCUGCAGUCAGUAUUCUGAACAGCAGCUCCAGAAAUUCCAAAGCUAAAGUUAAAGUGUUCAGUGUUUCUAAGCUCAUAGCACAAGAAACUAUCAUGCAAUCUUCAGAUGGCCUGCAUCUCCCAGAAUCAAGCAGAGAAACAAGUGCAAUGAUUCUUAUGAACGUCUACUGCAAUAAGAUUUUGAAGCCCAUUGAUGGUUCCUGCUGCCAGCCUCAACCUCCCCUCACACUGAUACAGAAGCUAGCUUUUUGCUUUUUUGCUUUGUCCAUUAUUGGAUAUUUAAUUCUCAGUUUUAUUUAUCGUAAUAAUCAUCGAAAAAACAAGCCAUGCACCGAUAUGGAAAGUGGAGAGGAGAAAAAACCUGUCACCAAUACGUCUCCUGUUUCUACACUCGAGACGCUGUUACACUCCUUCUGCAAGCUGGGUCUAAUCAUGGCCUAUUUCUAUCUGUGUGACAGAGCAAAUCUAUUCAUGAAGGAAAACAAAUUUUAUACACAUUCAUCUUUCUUCAUACCAAUCAUCUACAUCCUGGUUUUGGGGGUAUUUUAUACCGAAAACACCAAAGAGACUAAGAUGUUAAAUAGAGAGCAGACAGAUGAAUGGAAAGGCUGGAUGCAGCUUGUUAUUUUGAUUUAUCAUAUCUCUGGAGCAAGCACUUUUUUGCCUGUGUAUAUGCACGUUCGGGUUCUGGUUGCUGCAUAUCUGUUCCAAACAGGUUAUGGGCAUUUUUCAUACUUUUGGCUCAAAGGAGACUUUGGAUUGUAUAGAGUGUGUCAGGUUUUAUUUCGUCUCAAUUUCCUGGUUGUGGUGUUAUGUAUAGUGAUGGAUCGACCUUACCAAUUUUACUACUUUGUUCCACUAGUCACUGUCUGGUUUAUGAUCAUCUAUGCUACAUUAGCUGUAUGGCCUCAGAUAGUCCAGAAGAAAGCAAACGGGAACUGCUUCUGGCACUUUGGCUUACUGCUGAAACUAAUUUCCUUACUUAUGUGUAUAUAUUUUCUAGCAAAUUCUCAGGGUGUAUUUGAGAAGAUUUUUUCUCUUUGGCCAUUGUCCACAUGUUUUGAGCUGAAUGGAAAUGUCUAUGAGUGGUGGUUUAGGUGGAAGUUAGACCGCUAUGUAGUCUUUCACGGGAUGCUGUUUGCUUCUAUUUAUCUGGCAUUACAAAAACGUCAGGUGCUUUCGGAAGGGAAAGGAGACCAUCUCUUCUCCAACAAAAUUUCAAAUGUUUUACUAUUUAUUUCUGUAGUUUGCUUUUUGACCUACUCUAUCUGGGCUAGUAGCUGUAAAAACAAAACUGAGUGCAAUGAACUGCAUCCUUCUGUUUCUGUGGUACAGAUUUUAGCUUUCGUCCUCAUCAGGAACAUUCCUGGAUAUGCCCGUUCUGUAUAUAGUUCAUUUUUUGCCUGGUUUGGCAGAAUUUCUUUAGAGCUGUUCAUCUGCCAAUACCACAUCUGGCUGGCAGCAGAUACGAAGGGGAUCUUGGUGCUCAUUCCUGGAAAUCCAACGCUCAACAUAAUUGUCAGCACUUUUAUAUUUGUGUGUGUGGCACAUGAAAUUUCUCAGAUCACGAACGAUCUAGCACAGAUGGUUGUUCCUAAAGAUAAUGCGACUCUGCUUAGAAGGCUGCUAUGUAUAGUUGGGUUUUUUUCUGGACUCCUCUUUUUGUCAGCAAUUUAAGAUCAAUCAAGGCAUUAACUUCAAGAAGUCCUUAAAACUUACUUCAGGCUUACUUUGUGUCUGCCUGAAGAAAAAUAUUUAACUGGCGAUACAAAAUUCUUGUACAGUGCUAAGCAGCAGCAGAAGGACAUCUAAAUGAAGUCUAUUGAAUGUGUAUAUAAUGAAAAUGUACAUAUUUUGUGUGGAAAUAUUCUUCUCAAAGGAACCCGAGAAACAAGAAUGCACUGUAUAGAACUGCAUGUGAAAAACAAGUGUUUUUUUUCUACUGGGUAUGUAUUUACAUAUCUGUUUAAAUAUAACAUGAAGAAGAGAAAUGGGUGGCUUGGCAGCAUAAUUUGGAGAUUACUGAAUUAACUUUACCUUGAUACACCUAACUCGUGGAUAUUUACUAGCAUACUUCAGUAUACAUGAGACAUGCUUUAAUUGUUCUCCUCAAGAAACUUUUUGUAACAACAAAGCAGACCUGAUGUGUAAUCUUUAGCUAAUGGUCAUUUUUUGCUAAUUUCAAAAUGAAGUUAUCUUACUGGUAAUCAGGGUCAUUUUUCUAAACUGAGUGUUAACUCACUGUUUAGGGAUCAAUAUUUUGGGUGUAGCUAAUAUGUAGUAUAUGAAACCCUUUAUGCAUUGAACGAAACCCUCUCAAUUUAAAGUGAUUCCAUGUAACAUUCUAGCCAGGUUUACAUAGUACUUCAUAGGUGUUUUGUAUUUUUUUUUUUUUCUGAAGACAGUUUUCAGGAAAUAUUCUUCAGUUCAGGAAAUGCGGGAUUUGUUAGGAAUGCAUAAGUAAUUUCCUUUUGAAUUUUCUACAGGUAUGUUUGCUUUUUCAUCAGCAUUUUCCUAUUAUUGCUCUUUCAAAGUCUCUGUAGUUCACAAUAUUAAUGCAGCCCCACUGAAAAAACCAAGAUAAACAAUAUUUCAGCUGAAUAUUGAAAAGCUGGGAAAAUUCCCACCCUUUUCCAGUCAUACAUCUACUGUAUUCAGAUCUUACAGAGAAGGGCAUAGCAGGGGCACAACAAUGUCAGAACCCCCAGAUCAUGCAUGACUUUUUUCUUUAUCAUGUAACCUUCUUUUGCAUACAGCAUAGAACUGAAAGAAAUAGCACUUCAAAUUAGAACUGGUAGGUUGUAAUUUUAAAUUCUGCAAAUUCAGUGGAACUAUGGUGAUCCUUUGUUCCACUGAACCAUAAUAAUAGUCUUCACCGUUUUUUGGCUUACAUAAUGCUUGGAGGUUCAUGUGCAUCUUCGUUCUGUCCUCCUUUUGGUGGCUACUGUUUAGCACUCAAUGAAUACGACAAUUGUUUUCUCAGCAUAUGUACAAUUAUAUGUAAUGAAAAACUAUAUGAAUCUUAAUUUAUACAGUAAGUGGUCUGAUAUUUAUGUAUUUUCUGAUGUUAUCUCAGUUGAACUGUGGAGUCCGAACUUGCAAAGCCACCUGUCUCUGUUGGAAAACUUUCCUGACAGUGAAAGAAUAGCUGCAAAAUUUUGUUCCAGUAAAGAAAACAAUUUCUGUAAGAAUGGUGGCACCAGUAAUGAGAGGAAGAUAGAAAGAUAAAAGAUAAUACAGGUUUCAAGAAUAAACUUUUAAUGCAUUAAUUCAACAACCUUGGGCAUGUCACCUAGUUUUAUUAACAAGCUUGUGGAAAGAUACUCAACAUUUUCUCAGUUGUGUUUUCUUUUUGGACAUUAUUUCCAAUGUUUGGGAAGUCAUCCUUAGCCACUGAUCAGUACAUCUGAUUUAUUGAAAGACAUGGUAUAGCUGAGCACUGUAAAGAUAGUUGCUAUGGACAGGAUGUACAACCUACAUCUAUACCAUUGUUAGAAGUAAGAAAAAGUGAGUUUGGGGGGAAUUUUUUUGGUUUUCUUCUUCACAAACUAAGUAUUGUAGAUAUAAUUUUUAUUUAUCUGUUGUACAGAUUUGGAUGAAGAUUAUUUUUAAUGUUUGAAAUAGUGCACUUGUUUGCUGUUACUGUAUGUGGGAGAAAAUAUAUUUUCUUUUAACGUUAUGUGAAAAUAUGAAGUAAUUUAAGCAUUAAAUAAAUGUGCUGUGGAUGCUUA